CUUCUGUUACCUCCCUGCAAAAUUCACUCCUUCAAAUUCUGGAAUUCCGUCUGCUGCUGAACGACUCUUUCCGUAAGUAAUUCGAUUCGAUUCUCUCCCUCUUGCUUUAUUCGGCGCGGGUUUUCCGGUUUUGAGUCGUUAAAUCUUGUGAUUUUGCUUCCUACUAGAUUGAUCUAAUCAAAGACGCUCGCUCACUCCUCGUGAGUCGUGCUGAUUUUGAUACUCAUAAUUGGGCCCAUACUCUUUCUGAUUCCUUCUUGCUCUUUUCCAUUUCCGUCUGUUCCCACCAACUCAUUAGUCAUUCCUUUGUAUUUGGCAAAUACUUUUGCCGCGGCAAUCAGUUCUUUUGCUCUGGAGCUGAUCCCAUGCUCAGAUUAAUCAUUCCUCUUUAGUCUAGGGUUUUAUGUCUUAGUUGUAUUUCGUUGAUGUAAGCUUUUGGGGUGUAAGUUCGGAUUUUAUUUUGUGGGCAAGCGAAAGAAUGUCAAUUUCGUGACUAACUUGCUGAAUAUUCGAUUGUGAUCGGAAUGAAAUGAGAAAACGCCCUUUGGCGGGCGGUCUCCCUGGACAAAUGGAGAAAGGAACAGUAAAAGGCCAGAAUUCUCGGCUUUGCUGUUUGGCAUCCUUGUCUGCUAUUUUCUGGUUUUUGCUAUUGUACUUCCACUUUGUGGUGCUAGGAGGUAGUAAUAUUGAUCAGUCAACCAAACUAGAACCUGCUUCUGUUAUUCGCGAAUCUUCUCCAGUCCCUGUAGCCAAAGUCGGUCAACGGCAAACCCCUCCUAGAAAGAUUGGCAUUCAUCAGUUGCAGGAGCCUCCAAAAGAUGACAAUGACCAUCAGGUACAAAGCCCACAGAAGAAUCAUCCAUUCAUGAAAGCAAUGCGAACUGCCGAAAACAAGAGUGACCCUUGUGGAGGGAGGUAUAUUUAUGUGCACGAUCUUCCCUCAAAGUUUAACGAGGAUAUGUUGAAGGAUUGCAGGACGUUAAGCUUGUGGACUAAUAUGUGCAAGUUUACCACUAAUGCUGGGCUUGGUCCGCCACUGGAGAAUUUUGAAGGGGUGUUCUCAGAUACGGGAUGGUACGCUACAAAUCAGUUUGCCGUUGACGUGAUAUUCAACAAUAGGAUGAAACAGUACGACUGCUUGACAAAGGAUUCAUCUAUUGCUGCCGCGAUUUUUGUACCCUUCUAUGCUGGGUUUGAUAUUGCACGUUAUCUUUGGGGUUAUAAUAUUUCAAGGAGAGAUGCUGCAUCACUUGAGCUCGUUGAAUGGCUUAUGAAGAGGCCAGAGUGGGGUAUAAUGAAUGGUAGAGACCAUUUUCUUGUUGCAGGAAGGAUAACAUGGGAUUUCCGGAGACUAAGUGAUGAAGAAUCAGAUUGGGGUAGUAAGCUUCUGUUUUUACCAGCAGCGAAGAAUAUGUCCAUGCUUGUGGUCGAAUCCAGUCCCUGGAAUGCCAAUGAUUUUGCUAUUCCAUAUCCCACAUACUUCCACCCUGCAAAAGAUGCUGAUGUGUUCAUCUGGCAGGACAGAAUGAGACGAUUAGAGAGGAAGUGGCUAUUCUCGUUUGCUGGAGCUCCACGUCCUGACAACUCCAAAUCGAUUAGGGGGCAGAUAAUUGACCAAUGCAAGAAGUCAAAGGUUGGUAAGCUGUUGGAAUGUGACUUUGGUGAAAGCAAAUGCCAUUCUCCAAGCAGCAUAAUGCAAAUGUUUCAGAGCUCGCUUUUCUGCCUGCAACCCCAGGGUGACUCGUACACCCGAAGAUCUGCUUUUGAUUCAAUGCUGGCUGGUUGUAUACCUGUCUUCUUCCAUCCAGGUUCAGCAUACACACAAUAUACAUGGCAUCUUCCUAAGGACUAUGCCAAAUAUUCUGUCUUUAUUCCGGAGGAUGAUAUUCGAAAGAGGAAUGUGAGUAUAGAGGAAAGGCUAAUGCAGAUACCUCCUGAGCAGGUGAAAAUCAUGAGAGAGGAGGUCAUUGGUCUCAUUCCAAGACUUGUAUAUGCCGAUCCUCGCUCUAAAUUGGAAACUCUUAAAGAUGCCUUUGAUGUUGCUGUACAGGCAGUUAUUGACAAGGUUUCAAAUUUAAGGAAGGAUAUCGUUGCAGGGCAUACAAACGACAACUUCAUUGAGGAGAACAGCUGGAAAUAUGCAUUGUUGGACGAGGGGCAGCAUGAGGUAGGACCUCAUGAAUGGGAUCCUUUCUUCUCAAAACCGAAGGACGGAAAUGGAGAUUCCAGUGAAUCCUCUAUUGAAGCUGCUAAAAAUUCUUGGAAGAAUGAGCAGAGAGGUCAUUCAUGAAAAUGGAAGGUAAUGCAUCCCCAAAAUUCUAAAAUGAGCUUUAAUGUAGGCUCAGGUAAGUGCCUUCCUCUGAUUAGGAAAGAAUUGAAGGGACAAGUUCUUUCCAUGUUAUGACUUUAUUGCAGAACUUGUAUGCAAGAUUAGUUGGCAGGCUUUGUCACAGAUAGCCCCAGUGCGGAGAUGUUAUCUGCUUUCCACAUUUUUGUUAUGUAGGUUUUUCUGCUUUCUACCUCAUGUAUUCUCCUUAGUGCUCACUUGAAAUGUAUUUUGCAAGGUUUAAUAAUAUUCUAAUAUAGAAUUCUUGUCCAUUUGAUUUCAUAGGAAAUAUAAUAAUGAUUGGAUUAGUGGUUGAUUGUA